AUGGGCUGUGGUCGAGAGUUGGGGGCGUCCUCUGGCGUUGAAACGGCCGGCAUUUUGGGUUGGGGGAAAUAUCAAACGUAUUACUCUUUUUUGUCUAUUGUUCCUUUUUUUCUAGUUUCUACUGCAUUGCAACCUCUAUUCUGCCCCCUUCUCGAUACAGCGUACAAUCUAAAAAGUUGGCCUACCAUGAAGAUGAGAGAGGCCGGAUCAUUUAGGAUUUUAGGGGUGGGAGUGAAUACUUGA